CUUAUGUCAAAUGAGAAAGAAAAAGCGAUCCAUUCCACCUCAGAAAUAUCGUACUUUCUUCGCCUGUUCAGUUGUUUUGUUGUGCAGAAUAUUUAUCGCCAGAUACUGGGAAAUCGCACCAUCGAGAGUUUAGCAGUCAUUGCAGGAAGGGUGCUCCGAUUUCACUCAAGACAAGCGGUCAGGUUGCUACAAAUCUACCACUGCCGUGUAAGGUAGGGUGAUGAAACUUUCUUGAACAAGAAACAACUCCCGAAGAAUCGUAGACAAAAACCAGAACAAGGAAUAACCCAGUUACGUAAGGAACAGAGGAGUUACAAAACUCGCCGUCCCGGAAUUCCCCUGAUUAGGGGGUUAGAUUCGACGGGAAGAUACGAAGCGGCACAUAUGAAUCUCGCAUAGAAAUCGAGAACAUCACAACGCAUUGCUCUAUAAUUGAGGAGAAAUUUCUACGCGGAAGCGACUUAGUACGAGACAGUAAGAAAAGAAAAAUAACCGUGGCGACAACAGUUCCCUUAUCACUCGGUUGCUCUUACUAGCGCAGCUGGCGUCGGUGAACAGGUGCGGACCGAUAAUCAUUCGUCGAAUCGUCGCCUCGCGACAAGUGGCAUCAUCAUGGAUAACGACGGUUUGUCGAACGAGCAGACGGAAAAGAUCCUACAGUUCCAGGACAUCACCGGACUGGACGAUAUGAAUGUGUGCCGGGACAUACUGAUACGGCACCAAUGGGACUUGGAGGUGGCAUUCCAGGAGCAUUUAAACAUACGCGAGGGACGUCCCUCGGCGUACGCGACCGAGUCCCGUGCCCCCGCCGUUGUAAACGAUCGAUUCCUGCAGCAUGUAUUUGCGAGCGUCCGCGCUAAUAACACACCGGCCCCGAGCGGCAUCGGCGGAUUCAUAGGGUACGUAUUCAACUACAUGGUCAAUAUCUGGUACAGUGCGUUCUCGUCGAUCGUGACCACCAUCGUCGGGCUGUUUCGCGACCAGGAGAGCAUUCCGGCCGAUCCGCUCGGCGACGUGCUGAAGUUCAUACAGACGUACAACGAGAAGUACCCGGAGCAUCCGGUGUUUUACCAGGGCACGUACUCGCAGGCGCUAAGCGACGCCAAGAACGAACUUCGCUUUCUGCUAGUCUAUCUGCAUUCCGAGGCGACGUCCGAGGCGGGCGCCUUCUGCCGUGGGGCCCUUGCGGAUCCACAGGUGAUCGAGUUCGUCAACCGGCGUAUGCUGUUUUGGGCGUGCGAUAUGGCCUCGCACGAGGGUAAACGGGUGGCGAACUCGGUCAGUGUUCACACGCAUCCCACGCUGCUCAUCAUAGGAAUGCGAGCGAACAAGAUGAUCAUAAUGGGCCGACUGGAGGGCGACUGCAGCCCGGAGGAGCUCAUCCGGCGGAUGGAAACCGUGGUGAAUGAUAACGAGGUGUGGCUUAAUCAGGCCCGACAGGACCGGCUCGAGCGAGACCUCACGCAGACGCUCCGGCAACAGCAGGACGAGGCAUACCAGCGGUCGCUGCAGGCGGACCAGGAGAAGCAGCGCCGGAAGCAACAGGAGCGCGAGGAAGCACUGCGCAUCCAGGCCGCGAUUGAGGCCGAACAGCUCGCCGAGCAGCAGCGCAAAGAGGACAUCGAACAGUUAAAGCUGGAGCUGGCCGAGCAAGUGCCUUCCGAGCCUGAAGCAGGUGCGCCGGAUACGAUCAGCAUAGUUUUCAAGCUUCCUAGUGGCUUACGGUUAGAAAGACGAUUUCACAAUACCAAUACUAUGAACGAUAUUUACAAUUUUAUCUUCUGCCAUCCGGAUGCCCCGGACUCAUUCGAAGUAACGACAAACUUCCCCAAGCGUGUGCUACAGUGCACGGCCCGUGCCCCCGGUGCCGAACCAGGUCUAACCCUACUCCAAUCGGGUCUUAAAAAUCGUGAGGUUCUCUUCGUUGCCGAUCUGGAGGCGUAAUGUGGAAGAAAGGAAGGCACAAAACUGUAUCAUUCUAAAAUUUUUGUUUAAAACGGUUUGAGUCAAACAAACUUCUCACUGUUCCAAAACGAGCGUGGAAGAACACAACGAGAGCGCAACAACAGUUUAUUCAGCGCACCAUUUCAGUUAUCGCGCCUUUGCUAGGCUAAACGCCUGACCACCGGGAGUAUUAAAGAUUGCUCCCCAAUUUUCGUUCGUUGCGGCCAACGCUUGUAGCGGCAACUUUCAACCAUUGCCAUUUUGGCACAAUAAAAAGGUCAACGAACCACAUCACUACCGGGUAUGUGAUAAGCUGAGCGAUAUGAUGGAUCGUGCUGAAGGAUGGCACGCAAUGUAGGACUUUGGUUUUAUUACCUUUUCGAUCGAGUUUUUAAAAUGACCGGGUAGCAGACCGGAUAGAACUAUCUUUUGAGAAUUUUGUUUAAUUUAGAUCCCAAACCGUGAAAAAGAAACGCUUGCACUAUUACAUAGUGGAGUUGUACCAUUAUCAGUCACAGAGAAGGAGAAUAAGACCGACCCUUGGGAAGGACGUGGUUGGUGAAUGAAUUUCGCGAAAAACAUAAAACUAAACUUGUUGUAAACGGCCGUUGGUAAAGAAAAGGAUGUUUAAUACCAAAUCAAAGUACUUGUGAAUACUUACUAUAAUCAUUUGAAGAUGAUACUACUAUGAGUUGUACAUUCGGUUGUUCACAAAACGAAUAAGUCAGCAGUGAAAUGUGAGGACCGUCUGUUCUCGUCCUCUGCUUGUCCACCACACAUGCGGAAAGGCAGCGGCGAAUUGAUGCAUAGAAUUACUUCGAUUAUUUUGUUUCGUUAUUAUUACAUUUGCCUUUCUUAACGAAUCCGAUGUAGAUCGACACUUUGGUUAUCACUAUUUGAGGAGAUAGUCGUCACUUUUGUGAGUUGAGGAAAAUAUAAUGGUAGAAAGAAGUGAACUGUAAUAUACUAUGGAAGUGCUUGAAUAAAAACUAUCUACUUAUUUGAAUUUUUAAUGGAACUCGGCUGCGUUGUUGUAAGAAUUUCUCUGGAAAU